GUUUUGUUAAUGGCUCAUUCCUGAAUAUGAGAAGCUGAGGUGCAGAGUGUCUGAGGAUUCCAGUUGAUGUCCUGCUGAGGCCCUAAGCUGCUCCCGGUUUUCCAGAUUUUACCUGAAGACCCCAGCCUUUCCUAAAAGUGUGCAUUAGAAUUUGAAGUCAGUCCCUUCAGCAAAAGAGAAGAGAGAGGGUUGAAGGAAAUCAUAUUUCCUUUUCCUGUUUUACGGAAGGAUUGCACUGUACUACACCAGAGAAUACAGAGAGGAUAGACACUACAGAUCCUGACCAUCACCCAAGGAACAACUGCAUAAUUCUGGGAAACCAUCCAGUCCCUUUACAGCAUUGCUAGACAUAGAGAAAGUUGGGCAGUGAAACCAUCAUCUGGAAAUCAAUCAGGUCAGGGGAGCUUUGACAAUUCAUCAGAUCUGAAACUGGUCAGUGGUGUGGAGCCUUCUGAAGGUUCGGCUGUGGGUGAUCAGUCAGGGUGAAGCUGGGAAGAAGUGUGAGUGGCUCUAAGUGUGGUGAGAGUUCCAAUCGUUCAUCGAGCCUCAUGAACUACUGACUCAUUCCUACAGGUGAGAAACUGUUCAAGUGUGAGGAGGGCUCCACAGGCUCAUCAGAUCCCCUAACACAAGGUGUAUCUAUUGAACAGACAGAUGGAAGAGAAACCAUUCAAAUGUGAGGUUUGUAAUCAAGACUUCACAAGGUCAUCGACGCUUGUGAAACACCGACGUGUGCACACUGGGGAGAAACCUUUCACAUGUGAGGUGUGCAAAAAAUCAUUCAUGCAGUCGUCAAAUCUCCACAAUCACCAACGUAUUCACACAGGGGAGAAACCAUUCACCUGUGAUGUGUGUGACAAGUCCUUUUCCGAGUCAUCCCACCUCCGUGUUCACCGACGCAUUCACACAGGGGAGAAACCAUUCACCUGUCAGGUGUGUAACAAAUCAUUCUCAGAUUCAUCGACCCUCCGCAGACACCAACGUAUUCACACAGGGGAGAAACCAUUCACAUGCGGUGUAUGCCGCAAAUCUUUUUCAUAUUUAUCAACACUCCGUGUACACCAACGCAUUCACACAGGGGAUAAAGCAUUCACAUGCGAAGUGUGCAACAAAUCAUUUUCUCAGUCAUCAAAUCUCCAUACACAUCAACACACUCACACAGGCAAGAAGCCAUUCAUGUGCAAAGUGUGUGACAAAACAUUCUCUACAUUAUCGAACCUUCGGGAACAUCAACGCAUUCACACAGGAGAGAAACCAUUCAUGUGUGGGGUGUGUGGCAAGCCAUUCUCACAGCUAUCGAAUUUCCUCAUUCAUGAACGCAUUCACACAGGAGAAAAACCAUUCAAGUGUGAGAUGUGUAGCAAAGCCUUCACACGGUUAUCAAGCCUCCUGGUCCAUCAGAAGAUCCAUAUACCAGACAAACCCUUCAAAUGUUGUGUUUGUGAUAAAGCUUUUGUGACAUCCACAAGGCUGCUGACACACCAGAGGAUUCACACAGGGGAGUAACCCAUGAAGUAGAGGUGCAGAAUUGAGUCUUCACAAACUAACUGAAUCAGCUCCUCCUUCAAACACAGAUAUAAACUGUUGAUGUGCAAUGUUUUUGAUAAGGCUUUAAGUCCCUUCUCAAGUCUCCUGAUGUAGUAGAGGAUCCGUACCAGUGUGAAACCAUUCAGGUGUGAGGUGUGUGAGAAACCUUGCACUUUGAGGCUAUCACACAAGAGAAGCCCUAUCAGUGUAAGCUCUGUAUUGAAGUCAGUUAUUGGACCUUCUGGAACAUCAAUGAAUCUACAUGGGAGACAAACUCUUCCAGUGUGACAUGUGCCAGGAUUGUUUCACCUCCUCCUCAUUCACCAGACACGGACUUGGUGCUGAGUCACCUGCUUAUGUUGCACUGAGAGCUGUCAUUCCAAAGCACUGUCAGUUUCAAACUUUUCCCAUCAUCACUCCAGUCAUGUUAAGGAUGUCAGUUUAAUCUUUAACUGGAUCAUCAAACAUCACCAAAUGAAGACAUCAAUAUAGAAGCUGUUGCUUGUGCAUAGAUAACACUGUGUCUCUGGGAAGGUUUCCUCAGCCACAGGAAGUGGGUGAUUCAGGGGAAUGUGUGUCUGGAUUAUUCCUGCUGUGGACAAGAGGGAUACAAGCUACUCAUCAGAAGAUAUGUUACAUUGUUACAUUCUGAGUGUCUGCUGCUUUGCAGCUUCAGAGAAGAGAACAGAAUUUCCUCUCAAUGCAACAUGUUAUGAAGGUGAAUAAAAACCGAAAGAACUGCGGAUGCUGUAAAUCAGGAACAAAAACAAGGGUCACCAGACCCGAAACGUUAACUCUGUUUUUCCUUCACAGAUGCUGCUAGACCUGCUGAGCUUUUCCUGCAUCUUUAUUUUUGUUCAUGUUAUGAAGGUGUGUCAUUUAAUCGUUUUUAUGAACUUGAGUUGAAAGAUUGUGGACUCACCUCGAUUGACCUUUUACAGCAAAAACAAUGAAAAUUGAUGUUAGAAUUUUGUCUUCAAGCAAGGUAUUUCUUGGAAACCACAUUGUCCCAGAACUGGGCUUGGUCGCCUGAACUCACUUUAGGGAAAACUCCUUCAGGUCUUGAUUUUAUUACUAUUCUGUUUAAGUUGUGUUUGCAGGCUUUAUGUUUGGAAUUUUAUUUGGAGAAAGCCUGCUCCAGAAGAAGCUGCCCAGCUUGUGUCUCCUGUUUCUAAAGUACAUUUGUUGUGAGCUCGGGGUGAAAGCUGAUUCUUCUUCUGGGAGAGUGACAGAAAUAACAUUGAGAAGUUCGAUUUCCUCAGCAAGUUGCAUCUGCCGGAUUGACAAACUUCAGAGCACUCUACACGUCAUCCUGUUUUAUCUGAAUGAAUCGCCACCUUUGAACAUAAAGUAUCUUUUAUUAAA